AAAGCUCUCUUUUUUCUUAUUGUUUUACGUGUCUUCUCUCUUUCCUACGCGCUCAUUGUAUAUAAAAAGAGAAAUACGUCUCAAAAAUGCAAAGCAAUCAAAAUCGAGAGUUUACAGGUGCUUACCGUAGACUAUUUGAUACGGUUGAAAGAGGCACAGAACAAUGCUCUACUGACCGCCUUCAAACUUUAGUUGAAGAAAAAAAAGAGCAGUUAAAACUCGGUCUAGAAGCCUUUGGCGAGCCUUCCAGCCAAGCACGCCAAAAGUUCAGCACGACCAGUAUUGUUGUGGAUGGAAAGACUAUUAAACUAGACCAAAAAGAAAAAGACCUUGUGUUUAAGCUUUCAGAUAUGCUUCAUAUCAACGAACUUCAAUGUGCUUCUCUUUGGGAUACGUUUAGACAAUCCAGCAAUGAUAAAGACGAUUAUCCUUUGGUCGAAAAUGUUCCCUUGAUUCUAGACUUUGUCAGCUUUUAUUAUGAAGAGCGCCUCUCACUUUUGCAAUUUAUCAGUUCUUUGAAGCGUAUUGCACUCGAUAAAGAUCACUCUUAUUUCAGCAUUGCUGAUAGCAUACUUUUGGAAUCACUUUCAGAACGAUUCUUUUCACAGUAUGUAAAGCUUUUGCGUACAUCUGCACCAAAACACCUUCAACAAACAUCACCUCAAUGGCCUUUAAUUUGGGUAAAGCAGAAUUUAAAAGAACAGAAGGCCUUGUUGGAAAUUGUCUUCUUAUGCAAUCUAACGCAACCAUUUACUCCUAAAUUCAUUUUGUCUAUCAUACAAGAAUUUGAAGCCAACAAUUUUGGAUCACUACUUACAUUCGGUUAUCUAUUGGAUGAAGAAGCACAUGUUAUUCACCGCGAAGUCAUAAAUAUCUGUAUUGUAUUGUCCAUCAAUCUCAUUGCUCCUCUUACCCUCUCUGUUGGUCUCAAACUGAACCCUGAGCAAGAAAAUCAAACAUUGUUAAAUACACCUGACAUUAUCACAAAAAUUAAUGGCAUUGUCAGUUUUAUGGGCGAGUCAAAAGAACAUGCUGCUUUUUUGUUGGGAUGGUCAUUCUUCCUCACCUGUCUCGAUACUGCACUCGCCGAAGAUGCAACUGCACGUCCUAAUUACAGCAAAGUAGUUGAAAUGAUUGAAGGCAAACAGACGAUCAAUUCUGAAAUACUUAUUGAUCGACCUCUUGUCAACGGCAUUCAAGUGUAUAACCCAACAAGCAGAAAGACCUGUAUUCAACAAAGCCCACAUCUCGAUCGUAUCCUUGCAGGCCGUUCUCUCAAAUUAAAUGUGUUUGAAACCUUAACCGGUAUUUUGGAAAGUGGUAUUUGCAGCGAAGAAGAUCCCAACAAUCACGGCUAUCGAAACACGUUGCGAGUCUUGCUCAACUCAUUUUUAUCCGUCACUCGUCCUAAUUAUAUACCAAUGGAAAGCUAUGCCAGUCUGGUCAACACAUAUUGUCUUGUUUAUAAAAGCCAACCUGAGCUCUGUAGAUUAUUUUGGGAACAAGAUUUCAGUAAGCAUAAUGUAUUUAGUUUGCUUGCAACAGCGCGUGGUAGAUUCCCUGUGUUUUUCACUGAUUUUAUACAACUUUUGUCUGCUGUGUCUGGUGCGCCUGGUGAAGAAGCAGCAAAAAGUGAUGAAGGUUCUGCUUUAGAAGUGUUUAACUAUCUUUACAUGCUUCCUACAAUGACUGUUGUUUUGUCUUCCUCCAUUGACGUGGUUGCUAAAGAUGAAAAUGGUGAAGUUGUGAUUUAUGCUCAACAGCCUAUUCGAGUCACUCCUGAUUUAGCUUCCAUGAACAGCAUUGUCAUUCCUCAAGGCACUCGUGGUUUACUUGUCAACACUUCUGAAACUGAACGUGUUGUGCGUUAUAGUAUGUCCUAUUCUGGUUGGCAUAUCAUGGCCUCUUGUUUGGCUACUUUUGCAGCUGGCAAUGUGGAUAAAUCUAUUGAUGUAGAGGAUGAAAGCGGCAGUCUCAAGGGUAUGCACCAUGAUGCUAUUCACAGUAUUUUAGAAUUACUCUACAAUGUCUUGUCCAGCAAUACCAAGUUGGCAACUACAUUAGUGGACCACAUCGAUACAGUUACAGGCAACCCUUCUGAUCCUACUGAUACACCUCUUCUUAUCUCUAUUCUUUGCAACAUUGUCACAACUUGCAGUGCAAUGGUACCAUGUCCUACUGAUAUUUUGACAACAAGUAUCAAGUGUUUGACUCUUUUGCUUCCUUCCUACAAGAGUCAUAUUUGGCAAUAUCUCAAAUACACACCCAUCUUACCUCUCAUGAAUACCAGUGUUCAAUUGUCUUCUGAUAUUAGCCGAUCUCACGCUGGUUCUCAAAUUCAACAGAUUGUCUCCAAAGUUGAGUUUACUACAGGCAGAUAUACACUCUUGUUGGCGUUCUUGGAUUUAGUUCAAGGUCUCGUUCAGGACAUUCAACGUAGCUGGUGGGUCACAGAAAACACUCAAGAUGUCAAUCAACAAUGUCAGGUCCAAGUAUUGUAUGUAUGCUUGCAUUACCUUAUGUUGGAUGUGUUGCCUACCUAUGCUCUUUGGCGCUACAGAAAAUUAUCCGAACGCUUUUUAAUCGGAACCAAGGUUCUGUCUAUCUUGAUUCAAGUGGUGACUCAUUUCAGAAACCCUUCUGAUGCAGACGUCAAGCUUUCAUUCCAUGGUAUUCGUGAAGGCAUCUUUACUAACUUUUUAUAUGAUGGUGGUAUUCAUCACAUCUCACCCUUAAUCGAUACUAUCUCUGAAGGUGCUAGAACAGCCAAUGCGUUAUACAAAUCAGGUUAUCCUAAAGAUGCACAACGUGUAGAGAAAUUGACUGAAAUGACAUUCUCUUUUGUCAAGAUCUUGUUGCAGCAUCGCUUAGAGCAAAUCAAUGCAGGCAAUGCACCCCCUGAAAGUACACUUGAACACUUAUUGUUGGAACAUUCUACUACUGGUCACUCUUCUGAUUUCCUGUUGCGUGUUGCUAGACAUAUUCGCUACCACCACAACAUCGCUUUAGGUAUCGAAGCUACACAUGUCUUGACACUCUUAUGUCGCACAACUGCUCAUUGGAAAUCUGUCCCCAAUCUUGUUCAAUACUUGGGAAGCACAGAACAAGUGCAUGGUAUCAUUCGCACCUACCUUCAAAAAGCAAAAGACCAUACUCAAAACGAAAAACUUUCUUCUUCUAUUUGGCAAUUCAUGAAUGCCUUGAUGGAAACACAACCUAGCUUGGCCAUCUUGUUCUUGGAUUGUGGUGAUUUUAUUAUGCCCAGCCCCAAGUCUGCUGUUCGUUUGUUGAAUGGUGAAAUCGAACCCAGUAAACCGCAAGCAACAGCACCUAUUACUGAGUCUGCUAUCCGUGCUGCUACUGAUAUUUUAAGUCAUUGGGAAACUUUGUCUGUUGAGAAGCCUACAAUCACUUCCAACGCCUUGCGAUUCCUUGCUACCUUUUGGCAAACUGCUUUCGAUCACUAUGCCUUGGUGGAACGCUCACGUGCCGAUAAUGCACUUUGGGAUGUCCUUGGUAAAGUUUUGCUGAACCCCAACAGUGACAUGGAUACUGUUGCCACGAAUUCACUUGCGCUAGUUGAUGCUGAAGUCGAGAUAGAUCACCUUGAUUUGAAUGUGCGUCGUCGUUGCUGUCUCAAUUUGAGCAAAGCAUUUGCUAUGCGUAUCAUUGCUUACGAAAUCCAUAUCACAGCCGGCAAGACACGCGAAGCUUGUAUAGAAAAGUUAUCUGCUGGUCUGAUGAGCUUGUUGAGCAAGUUGAGCGAUCCUGUUAAAUUGAAUGCUAUGCAUGAAGCGUUUGUCAAGAGUGAUUAUGAUCCUUCUUUUGUUAGACAAGUAGAGUUCUCAGCUGAUAAUCUUUUGGAAACACUGAACAUCCAAGACCGCUCUGUCUUGCUUUUCAAGAUGGCCCAUAUUAGCAGUGGUGAUGAUGUGGCUCAAGGUGAAGCACGUCAGUAUGGCAACGCUUACUUGUAUGACUACUAUUUAGCCAGUGCUCGAGUACAAUCACUUUACAAGCAAGUUGCCAACAAGCAUGAUUAUUCUCAAGAUAUUGCCGCGCAUCCUUCCAAAGCCGUUUUAGAAUUAAAGGACUAUGCCAACCAAUUCCUUCGUAACUUGCUUUUGGUCAACCACAAUAGCUCAAUUGUAGACUCACAAAUCAUCUUGCUCAAAUCAUUCAAGUCUUUUAUCGAAACUUGUUCUCGCCGUUCAAGCGAUUUGAUUUGGUCUAGCAAACAAGGAGGUGCCGACGUUCUCUACGCAUUUAUUAAGGAUUUGAUUCAAACAGCACAAAAUGAAUCUCGUGAUGAUGGUGUGACCUUAACAUCUUACAGUGUUUGGAUUCAAUUUAUUCGCAACUUGACUGAAGACUGGAUUGCUAAGAAUAGCCCCAUUGUUUUGGGUCAAGAUAACGUGGCUAAAAAAGAAUAUGCCUCCAAGAGCUUUACCCUUUUGUCUGCCUUGUGUGGACUUUUGAACCGCGAAAACUAUGCUUUGUUCCAGAGUAUUUGUGAUCUUACAGCCAUCCGCUUCCACCGUCCAUUGUUGGAAACGAUCAUGCUCUCUUUACGUACAUUGCGUGGUACUAUAGAGCAUCUUGUAGAUCCUCUCAGUCCUAUGCGUGUUGAUAUCCAAACAAGCCUCGCUGAUCUUUUGACUACUGUAUGCUCUAGUUUUCAUGUAUUGACAAUCAAGGCUUCUUCUUAUAGUGCUGAAGGUGCUCAUGUAUCUGAAGAAGUGCAAGAAAACUGUAUCAAGGAUAUCACUGUGGUUGUGUCUUUAUUGAUUGAAUUGAUCCGUCCUAAAUAUAAGAUUCCAGAAAAUGUCUGGCUUGAUACCUUCAACAAGCAUCAAACAACUGCCUCUGCUCUAGCCUUCUUCAAUGCUGGUAUUCGACUUGUGGUAAACGAGGUUGAUCGUCAAUCUUCAAACACAUCAGGUGUUUAUAGCAUUAGUAUUACACCCUAUGCAGAAACAGCAUUGUACUUCUUACUGGCAUUAUCCAAUAUACCAAAAGCAGCUGAACAACUUGUGAAAGAAAACCUGUUUAGUUCCUUAUGCAACAACAGCCUCACACCUCGACUACAACGCGGUACACUAGACUUGUUUAUUCGAUUUGGCGAUGGUAGUAAUACAAGUCCUGCCUUUGUUGAGCGUAAUCCUCUCCAUUUUAACUGGUGUCAAAUGCUUGGUGUCGUGAGUAAUUUGAUGCGUACAAUGGGUAAAUCAGAAACAGUAUUACAAAACACGGUAAAUUUGAUACAAAUGUAUGGUCCUCAAAUCGGUACAGCCUACAACAAUGCAAAUGGAGCCAAGGAUUCUAUCUUUGGCUUCACACCUUCUGAAUCACUUUCUACACCACUUUUAGAGGAAAUGGAGCGUAUCAAUACGAUCUUUUUUGGUCUUUCGAAAUGCUUAGAAAGGUUACCCAACAUUGCUGAUAACUUGUUUAUUUCAUUCAAGGAUUGUUCAUUACAUCUACUUCAACGCUAUCAUUAUUUCUAUACACAUCCAUCUCAUAUGCAAGCACAACUCUAUCCUGUAGAUAAUAUUGAGCGCCAACAAGCACAGACUGUUCCACCAAAAUCAAGUGUGCUGAUGAACAAGAUUAUCAAGACUACCUUGACAAUUAGUCAUACCAUGCUUUCUUCACUUAUUGCUUUGACACAGGCUGAUAUUAUCAUGACUACAAGUGAUGUUCAAUGGCCUUUUGGUAAUACAAUCAUAAACCCUGAUUCGCGUGUGAUAACAGGUGAAAUUGCUUCUUUUGGUACUCUGAUGGAAUACAUUAAUGUAUGUCUUGUUAUGAUGAAUCAAUGGCAAGAAGAAGACAAGGCGUCUAUUGGUGAAUUCAUACAUGUUAUACAAGACUGCGCUCUUGUGUUAACAACUCAAGUUGCUCUCUGGGUUGCUAAACCAGACAUUUCAGAAGAAAUGCGACUUGAAAUUGCUCAACCUAUGAUUACUGAUAUUGCAGAGACACUCAACAAAAUCAGCACAUCUUUUGCUAAACAGCAAAAGCCAUUGGGUCUGAUACACUUCUUACAAGCCUUUUUAGCUAACCGUUUCUUUGAGAAAUAAAUAACUGAUUUUUAUG